AUGGCCAGCCCUCUGACAGCGGCGACUCGCCGCGGUGCUCAAAGUGUAAAUCAAUUCGCCAAUUCCGCUCUUCGGACAUUCCAGGCUAAUCGUGGCCGACAAUUUGCCCACCAGAAACAAUGCCCCGCUGCUCCCCGCCAUCUGCUGUCGAUUGCAGAUCUAUCUCCCGCUGAGUUCGCCAUCCUCGUGCGCAAUGCCGCUUCCCACAAGCAAGCAAUCAAGUCUGGAGCCAUUCCUCAACAGCUUCUGGGAUCGCUGUCGGGCAAGACCAUCGCGAUGAUGUUCAACAAGCGUAGCACCCGCACCCGAGUGUCGACAGAAGCGGCCGCCGUGCAAAUGGGAGGUCACCCCAUGUUCCUCGGAAAGGACGAUAUCCAGCUGGGUGUGAAUGAGUCGGUCUACGACACCUCCGUGGUGAUCUCAUCGAUGGUUUCCUGUAUCGUGGCCCGCGUCUCGAAGCACGCGGACGUCGUGGAGUUAGCUCAGCACUCGACCGUUCCGGUGAUCAAUGCACUUUGUGAUUCCUUCCAUCCUCUUCAGAUCAUCGCUGAUUUCUUAACGAUCUACGAAUCUUUCACCCCCAAGGCUCACGAUGGAGCUAGCUUGGGCCUAGAGGGCCUCAAGCUGGCCUGGGUUGGUGAUGCCAACAAUGUGCUUUUCGAUCUUGCCAUUGGCGCGGCCAAGAUGGGCGUUGAUAUUGCUGUUGCCACCCCGAAAGGCUAUGAGAUCCCGGAGCACAUUCUUCAGAUUAUCAAGGCAGCCGGCGAGGGGGUGACCACUCCCGGCAAGCUCACCCAGACCAAUGUGCCAGAAGAGGCCGUCAAGGAUGCCGACAUCUUGGUCACUGAUACCUGGGUCUCCAUGGGCCAGGAAGAAGAGUCCGUGAAGCGGAUGAAGGCGUUUGAAGGUUUCCAGAUCACUUCCGACCUUGCCAAACGAGGCGGUGCCAAAGAACAUUGGAAGUUCAUGCACUGCCUCCCUCGACACCCGGAGGAAGUGAGCGACGAGGUCUUCUACAGUCCUCGUUCUCUUGUCUUCCCGGAGGCCGAGAACCGUCUAUGGGCUGCGAUCGCCGCCCUGGAGGGCUUCGUCGUGAACAAGGGUAAGAUCAUUGAAUGA